AUAUCCAUUCGUCAUUCGAUUUCAAAAUUGUUGGUUUGGUUCCCUUCUAAAUGAAAAAAGGGGAAAAAAGAAAAAAAAUGUAAUACUCCACCUGGAAAAAGAUCAGUUAUCAUUAGAUAGAUCUAACGCCGUUGCGCUCACUUUGAGUCGCUGGCAGAGAGAAUGACGGAUCUAUACUCUCAUCAGCGGCCGCCGUCGACGCCGGGAGCCCCGCCGCGAUCCGCCACAGACCUUUUUGGUGAUCCGACAGACGCCGACCCACCGCAAUGGCUAAAUCCUUCUCUCUUCCUGGCUCCGGACUUCGACGCGGAGACGUACAUUUCAGACCUCCGCACAUUCGUCCCGCUCGACACUCUCCGUUCGGAGCUCCGGUCUCAUCUCUCAUCCCUUCAACGCGACCUCGUCGACCUAAUCAACCGUGACUACGGCGAUUUCGUCAGCCUCAGUACCAAGCUGACCGACGUUGACGCCGCCGUUGUGCGUAUGCGUGCCCCUUUGCUCGAGAUCCGCCACAAGAUCUCGACUUUCCGGGAGGCCGUGGAAAGCUCUCUCGGCGCUCUCAACUCACGGCUCAAGCAGAGAGCAGAUGCCGGUGAGGCUAGGGAAGUUCUAGAGCUCUUGCUUGAUACAUUCCACGUUGUGUCGAAGGUAGAGAAAUUGAUCAAGGAAUUGCCAAGUGGAACAGCCAAUUUUGCAAAUGGAAUAGUCAGUUAUGCGGAAAAUGGUUAUUUAAGCAAUGGGGUCUCGUUUCAGCAUACUGAGAAGGGAUCGAAUCUGAGAGAAACUCAAAGCAUGCAUCUUGAGAGAAUUGCAAGCGAGAUGAAUAGACUGAAGUUCUACAUCUCUCAUUCACAGAAUAUGCCUUUCAUUGAGAACAUGGAGAAGAGGACACUGAAUGCUAGCUCAUUAUUGGAGACUUGCCUUGGACAUACUCUUGUUGAUGGACUUGAACAUAGGGAUACAAACGCAGUCUACAAUUGUUUGCGUGCAUAUGCUGCCAUUGAUAAUACUAGGAAUGCUGAAGAUAUAUUUCGCUCAACUGUGGUGGCACCAUUGAUCCAUAAAGUCAUCCCACAAGGUCUUGGAAUUUCUGGGGCAUCUGUGGAUGGACUUGAACAGGACUAUGAAAAAAUUAAGGAUUAUAUAGUUGCAGAUUGUAAAUUUUUACUGGAUAUUUCGUCAACUGAAAAUUCAGGCCUGCAUGUAUCAAGUUUCCUUGCAAAUUCUAUUCUUAGAGAGAUGCACUCUUCUAUCCAAAAAGGGAAACCAGGCGUGUUUUCUCCUGGAAGACCUACAGAGUUCUUGAAAAAUUACAAAGCAAGCUUGGAUUUUUUGGCUUAUUUAGAAGGUUACUGUCCUUCAAGAUCUGAAGUGAUCAAGUUUCGAUCUGAAGCUGCAUAUACUGAUUUCAUGAAGCAAUGGAAUGUUGGGGUCUAUUUCUCGUUAAGAUUUCAGGAGAUCGCUGGGGCCUUAGAUUCUGCCCUUUUGCUUCCCAGCCUUGCACAAACAUCCUCUGAGGAUCCAAGAUCUCAAGAGCUAGUUUUGAAGCAGAGUGCUACCCUUCUGAAGUGUUUGAGAUCCUGCUGGAGUGAUGAUGUUCUUGUGCUUUCUUGCUCUGACAAGUUUCUACGGUUAUCUUUGCAACUUCUUUCCAGAUAUUGUAGUUGGUUGUCUGCUGGAUUGAGUGCACGGGAAGCUGGCAAGGCAGAUCCUAGUCCAGGAUGCGAGUGGGCUAUUUCUUCUGCCUCAGAUGACUUUGUCUAUAUAAUUCAUGAUAUGAAUUGCUUAGCGGAGGAAAUUUGUGGGGCCUACGUUGAUCACGUGCUUGAGUUGCUCAAUUCUUGCCCUACUCAAGUACUUGACUUUGUAAAGCAGAGUAUUUUACAAGGUGUGAAAUCUCUCAAAGAUCUCCUGCCCCUUGUGAUAAGUGCAGUAAUUGAGACAAUAGUUGAGAAGGCUGUGAAGGAUAUUAUACAAUUGAAGGGCAUAACUGCCACAUAUAGAAUGACAAAUAAGCCCCUACCUGUCAAGCAUUCCCCAUAUGUUUCAGGUGUACUCCGACCAUUAAAGGUGUUUUUGGAGGGAGAACGGGCCACCAGAUACCUAACAAAGGAACUUAGGAACGAGCUCUUGCAAGGUGCUGCCUUCAAAAUCACUGACCGUUUUUUUGAAUUAGCUUCAGACCUUGCCAAUUUGGCUCGGAAAACAGAGUCUUCGCUUCAGAAGAUACGUUUGGGUGCUCAAAGAAGGGCAGGAGCAAGCUCAGACAUUUCUGAUCAUAAUAUAUCCGACACAGACAAGAUUUGUAUGCAGCUGUUUCUCGACAUUCAGGAAUACGCCCGAAACCUGUCUUCACUAGGGAUAGACGCUGCUUCUAUUCCUUCAUACUGUUCCUUAUGGCAGUGUGUUGCCCCGCCGGAAUGGAAAAACACAAUAAGCUUUUAGAGAUAUGCAUGGAAAAAGGCAGCGUUAUAAGCUCUUCCUUUUCCUUCUGUUCAUUAGACUGUCUACCAGAGGAAUUCUCCCUCAGCUCUGCUGGAAAAAGAUGUAUUUCAAAGUCACAUAUAAGCUGACAAGUGAUUCUCAGCUGAGAAAUAUCAACAAGUUU